AUGGCGGGCGGGGGCGGCGGGGCCAAGCCCCGCACCACCCCGCUCUGCCCCAGUGCCCGGGCCCCCCUCCAGGGCACCCCCAGACCCUCCAGCCGCAACGAGCCAGACCAGGUCUCGCCGCAGACCCGGCCGACGGCAAAGGAGACCUCGGGCCAGAGGGGCUCCGAGCCGCGCCCGGCUCCCCCAGCCCGAGCUGCCUCGGGGACCCGGCUGCCAGCCCAGGAGUUGGGAGCCUGUCGCAGCCCCACCUGCGCGCCCUCCCGGCCCCCCAGCUCCCGACGCCAGCCGAUCCCUGCUGGCUCGCUCCCAGCCCAGGUGACUAAAGGGGUCGUGGGGAGACAGGGGAGAGCCGAGCAAGGGAUUGGCCGUUGUCGGAUGCCGCCGGCCCGCAGGGUCUGGGGAUGGGGCUCCCGGGCUGUGGAUCUGGUGUCCGACUCAGAGAAGCGGGGCCGGGACGGACGGGCCGGAGAAGGCGCCGGCCCAACUCUGCGCAGUCGGCGCCCGUACAAAGGGCCGCUCGGUCCCGCGGGAGGAAAGUGCGGGCGGCCACAGAGGCGCCGGGCGGCCGGCGGAAGGAGGGCGGAGCGCCGGCCCGGCCGCCGACAGGAGUUGAGCAGGUGGGCGGCCGCUCGGGGGGAGGGCCCGCAGUGCCCCCGCUGCGGAGAAGUUGCCGGCCUGGCGGGUGGCACCGGCGGCAGGGGAGACCUACCUUUGGCCGCUGCCGCCGUGGCCCCGGCACUGCCCGCUCAGCCUGGCAGGGGCAGGCUCGCCCGCACGCCGGCCGCCCGCAGCCGCCAGCUGCUCCGGGAAUGCAGCAAACGGAGCGGGAGCCCUUGGGGAGAGGAGACGCCCGGAGCCCGGGUCCCCGCUCGGCGGGGCGGGGCGCGGCCCGGCCCGGGCGAGCGCCUCCCCAGGCCCGGGCGCCGCCGGCCAGCUCCGCGGGCGGCGCGCGGCGCGAACUUGGGCACUGCGGCAGGCGAGGGCGGGCGCGCCGCGGAGUUCGCGGGAAGUGCGGCGGUGGGACCCGCGGGCGGCGCGAAGUUGGGGUACCUGCGGGCGCCGGCCCGGUCCGGCCUGCAGCAGGAAGUGCUCCGGCGGCCCGGCGCUCCGGCUCACAUGGACUUUCUCCGGCCGCGCCCAGCACCGGGCCGCACCGCGGCGGGCGGGGCGCGCGGGGGAGGCGCCGCGGGCCGUUUAAAGGGACAGCGCGCCGGCCGCGCGCGCGCACUCGCCGCCCUGGGGCGCGCCGCCCCGCCGCCAGGUGGGCGCCCUGGGAGGGGCGGGGGCGGCGGGAUCCCCGGCCCGAGGGUCCGGGGCGGGGGCGGCCGCUCCACGACCCCUCCGUGCGCCCCCUCCGCAAACUCCUGGCGUGCGACUCUGCGCCGGGCACUGAGCCGGGGCCGGACGCGGGAAGGGCAGGGGCGCCGACCCACACCCUCUCGAGGUGUGGAGCCCCCGGUCCUGGGGCGGCCCCUCCCCGCGGCGGCCGCGCUUGCACGGGGCAGCCUCCGGGAUGCUGGGCCAAGUGGGGCCGCCGGCGGGAGCGGGUGCGCGGCCUCGGCUGCACCGACGCUCCGGAGGCCAGAAAGCGGGGACGUGGGAGCGCCCUUGGGCGAACCGCGCGUCGCGGCGCCUCCUGCGCGGAUCCCGACCCGCAGAACUCAGGCCCUCCAGUUUAGCUGGGUUUCUGCCCACCCCGUCCCUGGCUCGGGGUUCAUCGAGGCCACCCCCUCUUUUAAUACCAAUCCUUCAGCCUACCUGAGGAGCCCCCCAGGAAGUCUGCCAGGACCCCAAGGUGGCGACCACCCAGGCUUGGAGGGCAGCGUGGGGCUGUUCACCAUCACAGCCUCUCAGGGCGAUGACAGCCCAGGACAGCGGGCACAGACCUCCCCGGCCACCCAGGGCCCAGGCUACCCACCAGCCAAAGCCCAGCACAGGCCGGUCAGGCUGGGCACCUCUCCGAGGAAGGCCCCAGCUGCCCUCCCGAGGAAACCGUCUCUGCUUUUGUUCCUGGUGGAGCCUGGAGAUCCUCUGACAAAGUGGCUGGCAGCCUGGCCUCCUGGAGAUAAGCACCCCUGGCUGCCCGGAGACCCCCCUGGUCCCUUGGCCACCCCCUCCACUGCCACUGCUAUUUUUCUGGCAGUUAUUCUGGAGAACCAUGUCAUUGCUGAGCUUACUCUGAAGCCCGGGGUGGCCUGCAGUGCCCAGCGGCACCUGGCUCUGCCUGCCAGGUGCCCGUCAUCCCCUGCAAAGCCUGCACUGGGGGGCAUCCGCCUGCACCAGAACUGGGACCAAGUUUGUCCUGCAGUGAAUCUGGGAACAGACUCCCAGGGCUCCAGCCCCCCAGCCAGCCCACGUUCCCCUGUGGGUGGCAACUGGACCCCAUGA